AUGGAUAGCGAAAAACACAUUACCAGCGCUUCGCAGAGUGACUCGUCUGGACUCUGGGAGACACCAAAGUCGCCAGACGAGCAGUACCGCGCCGACAGUCCUUCUCCAUCCAUUGAACAUGACUUUAAACUGGAAAAAACAGCACGUCGCAAGGUCGACUUCUCUGUCUUGCUGAUUCUCUUCCUCGGGCUUCUGCUCUUCCAGCUGGAUCGCAUGAAUCUUGCCAGUGCACUGACAGGCGGCUUUGCAAAAGACAUCUCAAUAGAUCAGAGCACCGUCAAUCUCGGCAACCAAUUGAUGUUUAUGGGCACUGUGGUGCUUGAGAUUCCGUGCAACAUGAUUCUCCAACGACUGGGUCCUAGAAAGUGGAUUGCCGCCCAAGUCUUUGCAUUCGGUCUCACGGCAACAAUGCAGGUUUUUGUGAAGAACCGGGCCGGCUUCCUAGCUGUUCGUUUGUUCCUUGGCUUCGCAGAGGCCGGUUACAUUCCCGGUGCUAUAUAUACCCUUUCUACAUGGUAUACCCCGAGUGAGCUGGCCAAGAAGGUUGCCAUUUUCUUUUUCGGCAUGUUUGGCGGUAAUGCCGUUAGUCCGCUCCUUGCAUCUGUUGAGGGGCUAUUUACGAUUUUGGUCUCGUUCAUCAUUGUUCUGUGCCUGCCGCACAGCGUUGACGAAUCAUCACCGCUCGUGGGACCGGGUAUCAUUCAACUUUCUGGAGCCGAAAAGGACUUAUUGAAGAGCCGGCUGGUCGCAGAAAAGGGGUCUCAGGAAGACGACGAGGAGAAGAUGGACUGGCGACUUAUCUGGAGCGUUAUUUCACAUUAUCGCCGCUGGCCAACAUACGUAUCGGCCUUUUGCGUCUUUUCCACGUGGUCCCCACUGACAACUUACACGCCAUCCAUCAUCAUGGCUCUCGGGUUUGGGCGCGUAGAAGCUAAUGCUCUCGCGGCCGUCGGCGCGUUCCUAGCCAUUGCAGUGGUGUUCUUCUUCGCGUUCAUCAGCGAUAGGACCAAUCUCCGCGGCGGCACAGUCAUUUCCGCGCAGGUUUGCUACCUUGUUUGCGUUGUCGUGGCCCGGCAGGUACAUCCAGUGGUAGGCCGGUGGUCGCGUUGGGGUUUGUGGACGGCGGUCAAUGGCUUUGCAGUUGGCUACCACCCGGUAUCGAAUACUUGGCUGCAGCUGAAUUGCCGCGACAGGCGAGAGCGUAGUAUUGCCAUUGCGUAA